AACAAUCCACUUAAUUGAUAGUGGUAUGGGAGCUUCCUGUUAUAUUUUAAAAUGUCAGGGGAUAUUUAACUUUAGUAAAUAUAAGAGGAUAUAAAGGAAAAAGUACUUUUACAUUUUUUUUAAUCAAACACGUACCAUUUCCAACUAGUGCCGCCGCCGCCGCCGACGGCACACGAGGCCAGCGCUAGCUUCAGUUGCUCCAGUUCUUCUUCAAAUUGGAUUGAAAAUAAUGAUUUUCAUGAGGAGAUUGAGGCAACAUAUGUUUUCUUUACUUACCUAUGGGGGUUAUAACUCUGCUUGGAUUUGGCAGCUCCAAUUUCAGGAGAGUUUGAGUUACCUAACAAUCCAUGAGUCUGCUGGGUAUUCUUCGAGGUACUUAGGUUUUAAAACUGGUGUCUUGGUAAACCUGAACAGAUUUGCCAUUGGAACUCAAUCUUUUUCGAGUUUGGCUGGGACAAUCUUGGUCCAGGCUCGAGACCCUGCAAAACUGAGUAUGGAAAUAGAAAAUGCUGUUGAUGAGCGUAGAUAUGCUGAUGUUUGGAAGCUUUUUGAACAACACAUGCAGAUGGAUGGGUUUCCUCGAAAAAGUGUUGUGAACAAGGUUAUAACAAGUUUUGCUGGAAGCCUUGAAAGUACAUGGCUUGAGAAAGCUUAUAGGUUGGUGGAACAAGCUUUUGAGGAAAGUAAGCAGAAUUUGUUUGAAAAGGAACCUUUGAUUUAUCUCUCUCUUGGUCUUGCUAAAUGUGGUUUGCCAUUGCCUGCAUCAACUGUUUUGAGGAAGUUGCUAGCAACAGAACAAUAUCCUCCUGUGAGUGCCUGGUCUGCAAUCUUGGCCCACAUGUCACUUACAGUUUCUGGAGCUUACCUUGCAGCUGAGUUGAUUCUUGAGAUAGGUUAUUUAUUUCAAGAUGGGAGGGUAGACCCUCGUAAAAAGAGCAAUGCACCUUUGAUAGCUAUGAAGCCUAAUACCACUGCUUUCAAUGUUGCUUUGGCUGGGUGUUUCUUGUUUGAGACUGUGAGAAAAGCAGAGCAGCUCCUUGAUCUUAUGCCUCGAAUUGGUGUAAAAGCAGAUGCAAACUUAUUGAUCAUAAUGGCACACAUAUAUGAGAGAAAUGGGCGGAGAGAAGAGCUGAGGAAGCUUCAAAGACAUCUAGAUGAAGCUGUUCACCUAAGUGAUAUUCAAUUUCGACAGUUCUAUAAUUGUUUGCUUAGUUGUCAUUUGAAGUUUGGAGACCUUAAUUCUGCUUCCAAAAUGGUUUUACAAAUGCUGCAUAAAGCAAAGGAAGCACAAAAUUCACUUGCCGCUUCUAUGCUAACACACGAUGCUGUUGGAAAAAAUAAUAAGCCCCCUUUAGAGCAAAUUUCUGUUGAAAAUCUGAAUCAUGGAAUAUCAGAUGGUUUUGAUGGUAGUAGAAUAAUUGAAAUCUCUAUAGUUUCUUAUGAAGAGUUCACCAGAGACCGAAAGUUUACCUAUCUUGAGGCAGAAGUGAAGAGAAUACUUGAAACUUUGUUAUCUAAGUUGCAGACACAAGUUGAGUUGAUUACAACCGAGCAUGGUAUUCUCCGACCAACUGAAAGAACUUACAUUAAAUUGGUUAAGGCUUUUCUAGAAGCUGGCAAGACAAAGGAUUUGACUCAUUUUCUUAUUAGGGUAGAGAAAGAAGAUUCAUUGGUUUCCCAUGAUGAUUUGGCAUUGGACCAUGUCAUUAAUUUAUGUAUCUCACUUGGGUGGUUAGAUCAGGCACAUGAUCUUCUUGAUGAGAUGCGUUUGGCUGGGGUCAGAGCCAGUUCCUCAGUAUACGCUUCCCUUUUGAAAGCUUAUAUUGAAGCAAAUCGAGCAGGAGAAGUCACAGCACUUUUACGAGAUGCUCAUAUUGCUGGAGUGCAGUUAGAUUCAAGCUGUUAUGAAGCACUAAUCCAAUCACAAGUUAUUCAGAAAGAUACCCAGGGAGCUCUCCAUCUUUUCAAAGAGAUGAAAGAGGCUAAAAUCCCAAGAACUGGUCACCAAGAAUUUGAGAUGCUGGUGAAACGAUGUGCAGAGAAUUGUGAGGCAGGAAUGAUGGCAAAGCUCUUACAAGAAAUCAAGGAAGGGCAAAGAAAUGACUAUGGUGUUCAUGACUGGAACAAUGUUAUCCAUUUCUUCUGUAAAAAGAGGUUGAUGCAAGAUGCUGAGAAGGCUUUGAAGAAGAUGAGAAGUCUGGGCCAUCUCCCAAAUGCACAAACUUUCCAUUCUAUGGUCACUGGGUAUGCUGCUAUUGGGGGGAAAUAUACCGAGGUAACAGAGUUGUGGGGUGAAAUGAAAUCUUUUGCUUCUGCCACCUCAAUGAAGUUUGAUCAAGAACUCUUAGAUGCUGUACUUUAUACAUUUGUAAGGGGUGGAUUUUUCGUUCGAGCAAAUGAAGUCGUGGAUAUGAUGGAGAAAGGGAAUAUGUUUAUUGACAAAUACAAAUACCGAACCCUCUUCUUGAAGUACCAUAAAACACUAUACAAGGGCAAGGCUCCCAAAUUCCAGACAGAAUCCCAACUUAAAAAGAGAGAAGCAGGAUUGACCUUUAAGAAGUGGGUAGGGUUGUAUUGAUGAAAUUUUUUGAGCUUUGACAUGUUUUCUAAAGAUAUUACUCAUUGAAACUUCAAAGUUGCAGUUCUUGAGAGAAUAACUUGUUCACUGACAAAGCUGUAAGUUGCUACCUUCAAUACUAUUUGCUACACUCUUGUUUUAUUGAAGACAAGUUUUUCAUAUCCUAAGACCUUUAAAUCAUCAAAGCAGCAGAGCCUGAAAUUUUUUUCCUUUCUUUAUUUCAAAAUUAUGAGUUAUCUCUUUCUAAAGACGAAAGUUUUGAAUUGGUAAAGAGAAGUGAGAAGUGAGAUUUUUUUGGUUCCCUAUUAUUCUUUCUAGGUAUGGAAAUAAUUUAAUUGAAAUCAAAGCAGUGGCUGGGGAGUUGAAGAUAGUGCUAAAAAGAGAUAUCUGAUAUCAUUGAAGAUCACAGAUGGCUCUCAAAGUUGAAAUAUGCAAGGAGUAAGAGCAACAGGAACAGAGACAUGUUUCUGGAGUCUGACAAGCAUUUGAGCAGGGUUUAGUCUAGGGAUAGAGAAGCUCCGGCUUGAAAGAAAAGUAGGAGACUAAUUUGCAUAAACCAGAUGGCAGGUAAAAUAGCUUGUUUAUGUUGCUGUAAACCAUGGUACAGAUAAUCACAAAAAUUUGGCUGGUAAUUUUGUGACA